CUUCACAGCGAGACUCGUGCGUGUUGCAGCGCGUUUUCAACGCUGAACAGUGUGGUUAGGAAGUGUUUUGGCUUCUCUUACUGCUUAAGUUAUUGGUUUAGUAAACCCGUUAAAUAGGUAAAAUGAAAUUGAAAGUGGUCGCGUUGAUAAGUGGUGGGAAAGACAGCUGCUACAAUAUGAUGCAGUGUGUAGCUGCAGGACAUCAAAUAGUGGCUCUUGCCAACCUGUGCCCUGUUGAAAACACUGAUGAAUUAGACAGUUAUAUGUAUCAGACGGUGGGUCAUCAGGCCAUCAACCUAUAUGCAGAGGCCAUGGGCCUUCCUUUGUACCGGCGUACCAUUGAGGGGUCAAGCCUUGAUACUGGAAGGGAGUACAGAAAGAGAGAUGGCGAUGAAGUGGAGGACCUGUACCAUCUGCUGAAGCUGGUCAAGGACAAAGAAGAUGUUGAUGCUGUGUCUGUGGGGGCCAUUCUUUCGGACUACCAAAGAGUUAGAGUGGAAAAUGUGUGUGUGCGGCUGCAGCUUCAGCCUUUGGCCUACUUGUGGCGGAAAGACCAGGAAAGCCUACUUCGAGAAAUCAUAUCAAGUGAUCUUCAUGCCAUGAUCAUCAAAGUGGCAGCAUUUGGACUGGAUCCUGAGAAGCAUUUAGGAAAAUCUUUGGCUGAAAUGGAGCCAUAUCUUAAACAGCUUUCACACAAGUAUGGAGUCCAUGUUUGUGGUGAAGGAGGGGAAUAUGAGACAUUCACUCUAGAUUGUCCCCUGUUUAAGAAAAAUAUUGUCAUCGAUUCCAUGGAGACAGUGGUCCAUUCUGCAGAUGCAUUUGCGCCAGUUGGUUAUCUUCGGUUUUCAAAGAUGCAUGUAGAACAUAAAGAGAAUAACUCCAUUGGGAAGAUUUUGUCUCUCGAGAGUUGUCCUUGCCAAAACUCCAUUGACAUGAAUCAAGAGCUGGAAUAUACUGAUGAAGCUGAAGACAUUCAGGACACAGUUACAUCAAUAGUUGACCUUGAAUGCCAGCUGAAUUUUGUAGGAAUUAGUCCUUCAUAUUCUACCAGAACAACACAGGGAUAUGAAUGGAUCUGUGGCAUUCUUGGAAGUCACUGUGAAGAUCCUAAUAUCCAGGACCAAACAAAACAAGCACUUUCAUUGCUACAGGGUGAAUUGAAUAAGAUGGGAUGGAAGCUUGAACACAUUGUUCUGGUUCAUUUGUAUGUGAAGAACAUGUCUGACUUUGGUGCAGUGAACUCUGUGUACCAGUCCUUCUUUGGCGUCAGUCCUCCUGCCAGAGUAUGUGUUGAGACGCCCCUUCCAAAUGGACACUUGAUUCAGUUAGAUUGUCUCCUUCAUGAUUGGGUCAAACCUAUGGUGAACAACAUCUUCCAUGACAAAUAUGUCUUGCACGUUCAGAGUCUGUCCCAUUGGGCUCCUGCCAAUAUUGGGCCAUAUAGCCAGGCUGUUAAGGUGGAUGAGGCUGUGUUUUGUGCAGGGCAAAUUGCCCUAGUUCCCUGUACCAUGCUGCUGGUUCAAGGCGGAGCAUCUGUCCAGGCAUCACUGGCUUUUGGUCACGUUGAGAAGAUCUUGGAGGCCAUGAACAGCAGCCUGACCCUUUUCCAUGUACUCCAGGCCCACUGCUAUGUCACACAUAGGAGUUAUAUCCCUUUUGUCAGAAGAGUCUGGGAGAGAAAACUAAGAAGGAUACACAGUGAGGAACAGGAGGGGUCCUAUGGUGUGGAAGAAAAUCACUGUGGACCCUUAGUGGUCAUCGUGGUGCCCUCUCUGCCUAGAGGUGCUGCUGUGGAGCUGCAUGUCAUGGCUAUUCAUGACAACCCGAGGCAAAGAACUUCAUACAGCGAGGCUGUAGAAAUUCCUCACGGUACCAUUGAAUACCAGGUGUUACAGUCCAGCACGGGAGAUUUUGCCACGGUCUCCCUUUCUCUGAGCCUCCGUCCUUGUGUUCCUGACACCGAGCGAGAGCAGGGCAUGCUCCGCACACUGUGCAGCACCUUCCAAAGUGCCCUGGAGAAAGCGGGCAGUGGCCCCCAUCCCCUGUGUGUCCGAGCCUUCUACAGACACGAUGUUCCUCUGGCUAGAUGGCUUUUAGCAGGAUUUGCAGAGUCUGUCCGAGAUACAAAGGAUCAAAGAAGUCCUGUGGUGAUACCGGUUCCAGUCCAAAACUUGCCUAUCCCCCAAAUUCUACAUUUUUCUUGUUGGCUUAGUUUGUAGCUGAGAAACUUUACUCUCUAGCCUCAAGAAUCUGUCAAAUACAAACCCAAAACGUGUUGGGUUUCGAACUGAAUCGGAACCGAAUUUUCAGCCUGGACUUGGCGCAGAUCAAAAGCGAGAAGAAUGGGGAUUCGGAGGGCAGAGACCGAACAGCUGUGUUCACGCACUCUCGACGCAAGGUCCGAUAAGCUCCUGUACGCACCACUGAGGGUAGCUGAAGCAUCUUGCCACAGAGGCCCUGUAACGUGUUCCAUAUGCACGUCUUCACAUCAUAAUGCUGCUGUGUCUCGCUCUCCAGUGCCUAGGACAUUUGUUUAAAAAGCAACCAUUGCUGUGCGAGUCCUCGUCCUGCUGCUCGGUGCCUCUGUUCUCCGCACUACAGUGUGAAACCCCUAAUAAAGUGCUGGCGCUCUGGUCGUCUGAGCUCGUGGGAUUGAAGAGACGAAAAGGCGCACUCCUUCGUUCUUCCUUCAAGCUUUAAGAGUCCAGUAGGGUUUAUUAAUGUGUAAUACGCAUAUGGUACUGAUCAGCCAGAAAAGAUGAAACAUCUUUGUUACGCGUUUAUUGAAAAUGAGCAUAGUUACUCCAGGAGGCAGUUUGGUGCGUGGCUACAAGCCACACUUCCAUGCCAAGGGAGGUGGGAAAGCAUCACAAUUUACUAUUUACUGUUUACCAUUUCUUUCUUAUGCUGGGAACCUUAUUGGUGCAUUUGAGUGGAAUGCAUCAUUAUUUUACUUGGUGUACAUUGCAAGGGACAGAUUGAUGACAGCCAAUGACUGAAACAAUGCUUGGUGAAGCUGUUAAAUGUGUUUAGGAUGUGGUAUUUAGUUGUAACUUAAUGGUUUAUAAAUACCUACAUAUAGUUUCUGCAUUUAUAUAUUUUCUUCAUAUCAACUGCCAGUGUGUAGAUUCUGUAAUUUAAUGUACUUCUAAAAUGUCACCUCCGUUACUCUGCUGUGUAACAAGCAUAUUGAAUUUACCGAUAGAAACGUAAAACAUUGACAAACUGAGCUCAGCAAUGUGGCCUCCUGCCCUAUUCAUAUGCAUUCUUUUAGCUGUACUGUUUCUUUAAAACAAACUUAAUGAUUGAAUACAUCUACUUCGUACUUCUAAUGUAAUUAAAUCUGUGUAAUGUUACAGUUUUUCUGUCUUCACUAAUCCUUUGCAGCUAUCUUAUUGUGGGCACACAUGAAUGUUCUUUUUGUACUGUAACCUUUGAUACUGUCUGUGCAGUGACUGAUGUUGUUGCCCUUGUGUUGGGACAGCUGACCCAAAGGUUGCAGGUUUGAAUCCCACUUCCAGCUGUAGUACCCUUGAGCAAGGUACUUA